UCACUGCUGAGGUCUUUUGUUUGCAGAUGCGCUACACGUUGACAGUUUAUCGUUGGCGUCCUGCUUUCUCGCACAAAUUUACUGCAAAAAAAGAAAUAUGUUAGGAACAAGUUUACGCAAUGUUUUGUGGCAAAACAGGAACAUCAUUUUAAAAACGUCGAGAGUGACUCCAGCUCGGUUUCUUUCCAAUGGAGCAUCAAAGGAAAAGGUUCCGAAAACGACGCAACUAAAAAGGAUGUUAGAAUCCCCUGAUUUAGAAUUUAUCAUGGAGGCUCAUAAUGGUCUGAGUGCAAAGAUUGUGCAGGAAGCAGGAUUCAAGGGCAUUUGGGGCAGCGGUUUGUCAAUUUCCGCACAACUUGGUGUUCGUGACAGCAACGAGGCAUCCUGGACACAGGUCGUUGAUGUUCUGGAAUUCAUGAGUGACGCGACGGACGUACCCAUACUGCUCGACGCUGACACUGGAUACGGGAAUUUUAACAACGCCAGGAGACUGAUAACUAAGCUGGAACAACGUGGUAUCGCUGGCGCUUGUAUGGAGGAUAAAUUAUUUCCUAAGACCAAUUCAUUACUUGAUGGUCGUGCCCAACCUCUCGCGGAUAUUGAAGAAUUCUCGCUGAAAAUUAAAGCUUGUAAAGAGACCCAGGAAGAUCCUGACUUUGUGGUAGCAGCUCGUGUUGAGGCAUUCAUAGCUGGCUGGGACCUCGAUGAAGCUCUAAGGAGGGCAGAAGCGUAUAGAAACGCAGGAGCUGAUGCUAUUCUUAUGCAUAGCAAGAAAUCUGACCCGUCAGACAUUGAGGCUUUCAUGAACGCAUGGAAAAACCAGGGGCCAGUGAUCAUUGUUCCAACGAAAUACUACAAAGUUCCCACAGAUCAUUUCAGAGAUCUUGGUAUUUCGAUGAUAAUUUGGGCCAAUCACAAUAUGAGAGCCUCGGUUGCCGCCAUAAAGCAAACUACACAACAAAUAUACCAAGAUCAGUCACUCGUUAACGUUGAAGAUAAGAUUGCGACAGUGAAGGAGAUAUUCCGUCUGCAGGGUGACGACGAACUUACUCAAGCCGAGGAUAAAUAUCUCCCUAAACAGUAGCGAACACUUCACCUUGGACAGACACUAUUCUGGUAUCAAAUUUACGAUAAAUUUUAUCAAAAUGUAGUUAGAAUUUAGAACAUCACAUUAAUGAACUCUCUCCAUAUAAGAAGACUCACAUUUCAACACAUCACAAACUAUAUUAUAAACGAGAAACCACCGUGCACCAUUUGUAUUGAUUCAAACGUAAUAAACAACUAUGAAUUUGAUCAACUUUA